AUGCACUCCAACCACGGCACCGAGUUCACUCCACUGCUAUCCCCACCAAUAAAGCAACGCAUCCACUUUAUAGACAAUCUACGCUCAUUCAUAAUCGGGCUCGUCAUUGUCGAGCACGCUUUGGCGCCGUUUGGCGGAGAGAACUUCUGUCGCUUCGUCUCUCAGUACCCGACUGAGCCAGUCUCGCAUGCGACGAUGCUGCUCUACGGCAUAAUCCAUCAGAGCUUCUUCAUGGGGCUCUUGUUUUUCCUUGCCGGCCACUUUUCGGCGGUCGCCGCAGAGAAUAAAUCGCCUUGGGUGUUUAGUGUCGAUAAGCUGAAGCGGCUAGGGCUCCCAUUAGCUUGUAUAGAGCUCGUCGGAGAACCCUUGGCAAUUGCGCUGGUCCAAAUGGACAAGGGCGACUCCGCCUUGCCUAGAGUCAAAAUGUACUUCAAUACCUGGCAAGGCGUUCGCGGGCCAGCAUGGUUUAUCGCAACACUGCUGGCCUUCGAUUUGAUUUACAUCGUCCUGAAAGUAGCAUUGAGCUCCAUUCCUAUUCGAAUCGAAUACACGCCGACCUCUGCUUCCCGACACCGGGUAGCUGCCUCGAUCGGGAUAACAGCCGUCAUCUUCUGUUCAUUUCUUGUUCGACUGUACUUCCCAGUGGGACACAUGAUUCCCGUGCUGGGCCUCCAGCCGGGCUACGCCCCGCAAUAUAUCUUCGCUUUCGUCGCUGGGACUUCCCUCUCCCAAAUUCAGCCAUACCUGCUCAUGAAAAACCCGGCCCCGAUACUUCUUUUCACCUACCUCGUGGCAGGACUCACUAUCGCGCUCAUCUUCUCGUUGCACAAUGAUAUCGCUGACUACUUGGGCGGUUGGAAUCGAUAUGCUGUCUUCUAUGCAACUUGGAACGAGGUUUGUUUCUAUUUUCUUGGAGCGGCGUGGUUCUCUCUGUUUCACCAAAACGAGCUGACCAAGAAGCAAUGGGCAAAGACUGCUCGAUAUUCUUAUGGCGUUUAUCUUGUGCAUCCUUUAGUCGUGUUAGCGCUGCAGAUGUCGGUGGAUCGGCUGGUGGGAGAGUUGAACGGUAUAGUUAAGACUAUGCUUGUUGUCCUUCUAGGAAUACCACUCAGCUGGGCAACAUCACGGGUACUCACUCAAAUCCCCCCUGUCGGUAGGAUUAUUUAA